AUGAGCGACCUUACUAUGGAGUACUGGGUGCUUGCCACGACCUUAAUGUUCGUUGUCAUCACGAAAUUUCUGCAAUAUUCUGCAAACUACCAUGAAUCAUGGGUCAGCAAGUUCACUCAAGGUAAUACGAGUUCAUAUAAGGACUACAUGAGUAAGUUACACGAACAGAAGCUACUUCAAGAGGAGAACCAUUCGAUCUCGGCCCAAGAUAACUACGCCAAAUGGACCAAGAAUAAUAGAAAACUGGAUAAAUUAGCCACUGAAUUAAAGACUCUGAAGGCUCAAAUCCAUGAACAAGCGUCUAAGAGUCAACAGCUGUUAAAGACAUGUAAAUUAGUUGGUCUGACAUUACCUUUCUUUGCUUUGAAGAUGUGGAAGGGUAAAGAGAUUGUUUAUUAUUUACCAAGUAACAAGAUGUUCCCACAUUUGUUUAACGGUACUUGGCAUCAAGGGUGGUUAUUUGUUGCCAUGUAUCCACUAGAUUUCGUGUUGAGCAAAAUAAACACUGUUUACGAUGUUACUUUUAUUGCAUCCAAGGUUCCGGUAUAUAAAGGAACCGCUGUUGGUGUCUCGCUAGGUAUCUGGGUCUGGGCAUUGACUAACGUCCUAGCUAGCAUCGAAUUUGUAAUCAACCAGUUGUUUUUGGCACAAGCUGUUCCUGAACCAGUAGUUACUGAAAAGAAGGCUAACUAA